AAUAUAAAUAAAACAAAUUUUACAGUUUCUUAUUUCACUUAAAUUUUUAUAAAUUACGUUAUUUUAACUAUCAUUAAAUAAUCUAAUAAUGGGAAAAGCUAAAGCAAUUGGUAUUGAUCUUGGUACUACAUAUUCGUGUGUUGGAGUAUUUAAUCAUGGAAAAGUCGAGAUUAUAGCUAACGAUCAAGGAAAUCGCACCACACCUAGCUAUGUAGCUUUUACUGAUACAGAGAGAUUAAUAGGAGAUGCUGCCAAAAAUCAAGUUGCCAUAAAUCCCACAAACACUGUAUUUGAUGCUAAAAGAUUGAUUGGUAGGCGUUUUGAUGAUGCUACUGUACAAGCAGACAUGAAACAUUGGCCAUUCCAUGUCAUAAAUCGUGACACCAAACCUAUGAUUCAGGUUGAAUACAAAGGCGAGAAAAAAGAUUUUUAUCCUGAAGAGAUAUCUGCCAUGGUUUUGACUAAAAUGAGAGAAAUUGCUGAAUCCUAUCUUGGAACGACCAUCAAAGAUGCCGUUGUCACGGUUCCUGCUUAUUUCAAUGACUCACAACGUCAAGCAACUAAAGAUGCCGGAGUCAUUGCUGGGUUAAAUGUUCUCAGGAUCAUCAAUGAGCCUACUGCCGCUGCCAUCGCUUAUGGUCUUGACAAAAAGGGUCAUGGUGAAAUCCACGUUUUGAUAUUUGACUUGGGUGGUGGAACGUUUGAUGUUUCUGUUUUAACUAUCGAGGACGGUAUCUUCGAAGUAAAAUCCACAGCUGGUGAUACUCAUUUGGGAGGCGAAGAUUUUGACCAGAGAAUGGUAACUUUCUUUAUUCAAGAAUUUAAAAGGAAGCACAAGAAAGAUAUUUCGGAAAAUAAAAGAGCCGUCAGACGAUUGAGAACUGCUUGUGAACGAGCUAAGAGGACAUUAUCUUCAAGUACUCAGGCUAGUGUUGAAAUAGAUUCCCUUUUUGAAGGAAUCGAUUAUUACACAAAUAUUACUCGUGCUCGUUUUGAAGAAUUAAAUGCUGAUCUCUUUAGAGGAACUCUCGAACCAGUUGAAAAAGCUCUGAGAGAUGCCAAGAUGGAUAAAGCCACAAUCAACGAUAUUGUCUUGGUUGGUGGUUCCACUAGAAUUCCUAAGAUACAAAAGCUUUUGCAAGACUUCUUUAAUGGAAAAGAAUUAAACAAAAGCAUUAACCCUGACGAGGCUGUAGCUUAUGGUGCUGCUGUUCAAGCUGCCAUUUUAACUGGUGACAAAGAUGAGGCAGUGCAAGAUUUGCUUUUGCUUGAUGUAACUCCCCUCUCCCUUGGUAUUGAAACUGCUGGAGGAGUUAUGACUUCUCUUAUCAAAAGAAAUACUACAAUUCCCACAAAGCAAACACAAACAUUUACCACAUAUUCCGACAAUCAACCAGGUGUAUGCAUUCAAGUUUAUGAAGGAGAACGUGCCAUGACCAAAGAUAAUAACUUGUUGGGUAAAUUUGAACUCACUGGAAUACCCCCUGCACCCCGUGGUGUACCUCAAAUAGAAGUUACAUUUGAUAUAGAUGCCAACGGUAUUCUCAAUGUAUCUGCUGUUGAAAAGACGACUGGUAAGGAGAACAAGAUAACUAUAACCAACGAAAAAGGUCGCCUUAGUAAAGAAGAUGUUGAAAGAAUGGUUAACGAUGCUGAAAAAUAUAAAAAUGAAGAUGAAAAUGUGAGAGAAAGGGUUACUGCCAAAAAUGCCCUUGAAGCAUACGCAUUUAAUCUCAAAUCCACUGUCGAGGAUGAUAAGGUUAAGGAUAAAAUAAACGAGACAGACCGCAAAGCUAUCAACGAUGCCUGCACUCACACCCUUGCCUGGUUGGAUAAAAAUUCCUUAGCUGAAAAGGAGGAGAUUGAGCAUCAACAGAAAGAACUAGAAAAAAUUUGUAACCCUAUUAUGACAAAAAUGUAUCAAGCAGGAGGCGCGGGAGGAGCAGGAGGGAUGCCCGGUAUGCCAGGAGGAAUGCCUGGUAUGCCUGGAGGAAUGCCGGGUAUGCCUGGAGGAAUGCCAGGUGGGAUGCCUGGUGCUGGUCAUCAUGCAGGUGCUGGAUCAGGACCCACUAUUGAAGAAGUCGAUUAAAUAUUAUACCAAUUUUUUGAAAAUAUAACAUUUAUAUAUUAUGUGUAUUUGUAAAAUUAGUUCACGCAUUUUGUUUUUAGUUUAUAUGAAUACUCAUGAAUUUACCUAAUUAUUUAGUUUUGAAAUAAAGAUUUUAAUAUAUU